CGAAUUUAGAGCUACUGGUGAGAUUCCGGUCAAACUGAGGAAAUUAUGAGGCAGCGGCCAAUUUAGAGCUGAAUCUAAGAAGAGCUGGUUGCUGUUUGCAUUGAAAUGGAAUUCAAUAAACCUAGGUUUGAAUGAAUCUGUUUAUGAGAGGUUGUCAAGAAUGCAGCUCCAUGCGCACUUCUAGCAAACCGGUUAAAGAAGAAGUCUCAUAAAAGACCAUUGAUGAUACCCCGUGAUCAAGUAAAUGUACAGGUCUCCGAUUACGAGCUGAUGGCGUAUUUCAAUCAAGCUCUUGGUGUGGAACGACUAAAUAUCGAAUUUUCGGCCACUGAGUUAAUUUUCUGACAGAAAACUCAUAAUUCGAGAUACCGACAAAGUCACUGUUAUCGGCAGCUACACAAAUAUUUUGAAUUGUAUUUAAACAUUUUAAAUGUCACCAAAACUUUUGUCAACUAAACACCGUCAUUGACUUAUUUGAGGUAGUGUUAAUGUCCUAGAUCGCUAGUACUUACAUAUGUAAGCAAUCAUGAUUAUUACUCCAGGCAUAUCUUGAUAAGCUCAUUGUCAUCAUGAAAACACCAGAAGUUUACGACCUAUUGCGGAUCUUCAUAGAAUGAGGCCAGAAGCAUUCUAUAUCUUCAUCAUCAACCCAUGAUUGACCCGGGCUCUACCGGACACGGUCACGAAUCUUAACAUUUAUUUACGAGUGUUGUUCGACCAAAGUUAAACCUAAGACAUGCGUAGGUGUGGGAGGACAGGUUUAUAUACCAUGGUGCUCCAAGAAAAAAAUCACAAAGCUCUGCGACGGGCCGGAAUUACAGCAACAACAGGACAAAAGUAAAGGAACCUUCUCCCAAUAUCAGCGAAACGGGAUAAUCACACGUUCACGAUGUAUCUUCAAACUGGGAUUCUAUUUUUAUAUUUAGUGUCGGCGCAUGCGCUCCUGAGGUUGAAGCCUCUAAAUGGACAUGUUGAACAUGUACAGCUUGACCAGGUACGGACUGACCACGACAUUGUUGAAAGGUCAGUGGAAGAAGGAUGUCAGUUUCCUUACCUUCUGCGUUUCCGGUUUGAAGUGAAUGGGACCGAAAUUAACUUCUAUUUACAGAAAAAUGACAAGCUUAACACAAAUGUACCACUUUACGUGAUGAAGAAUGGACAACUAGAAAAGAAAGAAACACCCGAGACAAAUAAUUUUGCGCUUUAUCAAGACCCAAACAGAGGCAGUGCGAUGCUAGUGUCGUGUGACGAAGAUGGAAGUUUUGAACUGCAUGGUUCUUUCUAUCACAAUGGUGAUAUGUAUCACAUGAGCCCGUCGAACGUCCCAGAACUCUCUCAAAGUCAUUUUAUACAAAGAAAUGCACCAAGCGAAAAUAGGUAUCUGCAUGAUGCUGUCAUGCCACCUCCAGAUGUAACCAGUGAAAAUAGGAAAUCUGCAGAGCCGACCCGAGGAAAGAGACAGACUUCAACCGGCAACGUGGUGGAGCUCUUGAUUGCAGCGGAUGUGAGCAUUUAUAAUUAUUUUCUGUCAGAUCAAGGCGACGCAGAUGCGGCCGAAGCGGCGGUUCAACAAUAUAUGGCACUACUUGUAAAUGAGAUGGAAUUGCAUUACAUGAGUGUGGCUAUGGCGGAUUCUUCACUUGACAUCAGAUUGUACCUGUCUGGAGUAAUAAUUGCAGAGACGGCUGGAGACGCUUCAUGGUCCACGUCAAGUCAAAGAGUUACCACAGGAAUCAUUAACGGAGAGGCUGUAACCAAGGCUUACAUAGAUGUUUCUGUCAUUCUAAACAACAUCAGAGCUUGGAGAAGAACACAAAGCAAUUUUCCUCAACAUGACCACAUGAUGGCAAUGUCGAUGGUUGACGUGGCUAACUUUAGCUCAUUUCCGGUUUCUACUGGGGUUGAAGGCGUAGCAUACGUGGGAACAGUUUGUAAUUCAAACUAUCAGGUAUCAUUUACGGAAGUAGAUGGAUCCCGUGUCUCCGGCGUUGCAGCUCAUGAGCUUGGACAUGCGUUGGGAUCUGAGCAUGAUGGCCAGAGCGGUACCACGUCAUCGUCGUGCUCGCCUUCUGCGAAAAAUAUCAUGACUUCAGUUAGUUCGGCUACAACGACGUUAUCUUACGCUGAGGCACAGUGGACAUUCUCGCAGUGUAGUGUAGCGGCGUUCAAGUCUUUUAUUAACGGACUUUCAAGCAACUGUAUGCAGGAACACGCAUUCUCAAACGGGGACUUCGCGCUUGCGCAACAACAGCAACUACAACAACUUCCGGGUAUAGUCUAUUCCUUAGACCAGCAAUGUCAGAUGUACUCUUCUACGUCAUCCUGUCAGUCAUCGAUAAGUGACAGUGAUUGUUACGGUGGUUACCAUUGUGCCACGGACACUGGAUGUAGCGGGACAUAUUACCCGCUUUAUCCUCUGGCUGGUACCCCUUGCGGUUCUUCUUCAGAGAAUAAGUGGUGUUACCGCGGACUUUGUGUUGCUCGGACUGUUAUAGCAACCACAACAACAACCACAGAUUCCACCACAAGUUCGACAACCUCAACUAUUUCAUCAACUACUUCAUCCACUUCAACAUCAUCAACCACUUCCACCACCCCGUCAACUACUUCAUCCACCUCAACAACAACAUCAACCACUUCCUCUACUCCCUCAACGACAACAUCUUCUACACCAUCUACUACGUCUACGACUUCCACUUCAUCGUCUACAUCAACAACGACCACAUCAACAACCAGUUCUACUUCCUCAACCCCAACCACAACUACGACAGCGUGUACAUCUGAUGAAAAAUGCUGUAAAACGUUUUGGAUUGGUUGGCGAUGGAAGAGAUACUGCUGUAGGGGUGAAAAUUGUUGUCAAAACAGCUGGGCUCGAGAUACCACGUGCUUCAACAAUUGUUGUUCUAAUACCACACCAGUAUCAACUGUGUCACCAUACUGCACACGUAAGUGUUGUUUGAUAAUCGGAUGGGGAAGAAAUCGUAGACGAGUUUGUUGCACCGGAAAUGAUUGUUGCCAGGAGCAUUGGGGAGCAGUUUCUAGCUGUUGCCGCUACUGUCGAGACAACAACGGAAAUGAAAACAACACAACGACCACUCCUGCGACAACGACAACAACAACUGCAGCAUGCUAUAGGGGAAAAUGCUACGGAACAAUACGUAGAGGGCGUAAAAUUAAACUAGUUUCCUGUAAAGGAAAUAAAUGUUGUAGUUAUUCCUGGGCUAAAAAUUCCAUCUGCUGCAGAACAUGUAAAUCAAAGUCUCGUGAUAGUUCAGAGUCACGUUAGAUGUUUCUGUUGUCAA